AUCUAUCCUUUUUUUCCCCUUCUUAAUUUUGCUUUUUAGGGUCUGAAAUUUCUUAAAACUUUGUUCAAUUUAGUUGAAUCUGAACUGCACUAUGGAUGCUUAUCUGUAUGCAAAUCUUGUGAAUCGUCAUAGGACCUCGGGUUCAACUACAUAAUACAAAUUCCACCUCUGCACUUCAUUUUUCCUUCAAAAUAAAGCUUCGAUUUGAUCUCUUUUAGUGAGACAAAUGGCUGAAAAUCUUAUGCAUGCUUUACAAUAUAACAGCUAUGGCGGAGGCGCUGCUGCUUUGAAGAGACGGAGAGGUUGAUACUUUACAGUGAAGUGUUUAAAUUUUUUAUAUGGACCUGCUUGACAUAAACUUGAAAAAUAAUGGGCAGGGACUUGAUUUUAUAACGCUGUGAAUUUUUGUGCUUUUUACAGCAUGUUGAAGUUCCGAUCCCAACUCCAAAUAAAGUGGGACGACCAUCCUGCAAUCAUGGUUGUAGGUGUUGUAGAUGGAACUUCAGAAGCCAUUUUCCAGACACUAAUGUCUCUUGGACCCUCAAGAUCAGAAUGGGACUUCUGUUUCUACAAGGGUAGUGUGGUCGAACAUCUUGAUGGUCAUACUGAUAUUGUUCUCAAGCAGCUAUAUAGUGAUUGGUUACCUUGGGGAAUGAAAAGAAGGGAUCUCUUGUUGCGGCGCUAUUGGAGAAGAGAAGAUGAUGGAACAUAUGUUAUUCUCUACCACUUAGUGGUUCACAAGAAAUGUUCCCCACAGAAAAGCUAUGUCUGUGCCAGCCUUAAAAGUGCUGGAUAUGUCAUAUCUCCAGUGACUGAAGGAAAACACUCUGUUGUGAAGCUGAACACAUGCCCUAUGCCCUAUUUUCGUUUAAGGACCGCCAAGGAAAUUCUGAAACUGAAAGCUGAUUGAUCGGAUGUGUAUGCCGGCUUUUAUCGACUACUUUCGAGGCCUUACUAGGAAUUGAAAUGGUGUGCAAAGAGAUUGCUUCUUUUGAUCUGAUUUUUUGAUAUAAAUAUUGGACAAAGUAUGGAUAUUUUACUGCUGUUAGUAAAAUAGGAUUCUCUUCUUAGGAUCUUAGUUUCUUCACUUGUAUUAGACUCAACAAUGACUUGCAUUGCAUUGGUGUUGAUUUUACCAAACUUUCGAGGUUUACAAUUUUUAAUUUUUAUUAAUUAUUUACGUUUUCUCACUUUUA